AUGGAAGUUGGACAUGCCAUUCAGGAAGUCUUCCCUUUCGAUGUCCAACAUAUCAUAACGUUGGUGAAGAAUCUUAAAUCAUCUUGUCCUUACAGAAUCAAAUCAGAACAUCUGAAGAACCUACCGCCAUCCCUCAUCGAGCCACUGGCGAGGCUCUUCACUCAUUAUCUGUUGGAAUGCAAGAGUCCUAAGCAAUAUAAAACCAGCAAGACCGUGCAGUUGCAAAAGAAGGGAGACCAGGAAGACAUCGACAAUUAUCGCCCAAUCUGCUUAAUCUCUGUCAUCAACAAACUCUUCACAACAGUAAGAGUCGCGGAUAGAAAAAUGUUAGAUGAAGGCCAACCAUGCGAGCAAGCAGGGUUUUCAAAAGGUUCAGUACGAUUAACCACAUAUGCACCGUUUCAAAACUCAUAG